AACGUAGCGCCGUGCGCGAGCUCGCGGAGAGGAAGUGGCACCCGAUGUGGGUCCGCACCUUUUCCUGUAACACAACACAGCGGAUCCGAGGGAGGGAACCGAACAACCAACGGCCGGGCCGUCGAGAAGAACAAAACGGCCUGGGGACCGCGGGGAGGGCGUUUGCCGCAUAGGGAGGAAGCGAGAGAAGAAAGUCGGACGAAUUAGCGGCGCUUUCGGCCCUUGUUCCUCUUCAUGUCCCGCUGUAGCAGGAAGAGGGCGUUUCUGAAGCCGUUAGUCGGAGAAUUGCUUCCACCUCCACCACCACCACUACUACCACCACCACCACCGGCGGCGGCGGCGAAUUUCGUCCACAGCACCCCCGGGGGAGUGUGGCUAGCCGGCGGCCGAGGAUUGAGUGAGAAACCCGGGCCUUGGACUGGGCCUGCUUCCGUGGAAAUGUUAAUUGUGAAGGGCACAGAUUAGACUCAAGCAUCCCCACGCGACUCCCUUCAAGGGCUUUACACGCACCCACUCAGGUCACCCUCACUUUAUUAUUAUUAUCAUCGUUCUAAAAGCAUUUAUGCACGGUAAACACGAUGGGGAAAAUGCUGUCAAAGAUCUUCGGGAACAAGGAGAUGAGAAUACUGAUGCUCGGACUUGACGCGGCGGGCAAGACCACCAUCCUGUACAAGCUGAAGCUGGGACAGUCGGUCACCACCAUCCCCACGGUGGGCUUCAACGUGGAGACGGUCACCUACAAGAACGUCAAGUUCAACGUGUGGGACGUGGGGGGCCAGGACAAGAUCCGCCCGCUCUGGCGACACUACUACACGGGCACCCAGGGCCUGAUCUUCGUGGUGGACUGCGCCGACCGGGACCGCAUCGACGAGGCCCGCCAGGAGCUCCACCGCAUCAUCAACGACCGGGAGAUGCGCGACGCCAUCAUCCUGAUCUUCGCCAACAAGCAGGACCUGGCCGACGCCAUGAAGCCCCACGAAAUCCAGGAGAAGCUGGGCCUGACGCGCAUCCGCGACCGCAACUGGUACGUGCAGCCCUCGUGCGCCACAGCCGGGGACGGACUCUACGAGGGCCUCACCUGGCUGACCUCGAAUUACAAAUCGUAACGGCGCUCGGAGGUAACGCUGCCUCGCUGGCGAUUAUAUCCCGGUUUUAAUUCCCGUUUUUGAUCGCUCGCAGUUCGGGUGGGAAUAAAUUUCCACGAGGAGUUAAGAUGCGGAAUUGGAGACACGCAAUGAAUGGUGUGGGUGGGGGGUUUCCUAAUCACCUGUGUUUUUUUUUGGUGGCAUCUGAUGGCAUCUUGUUGCCAAGCAACUUUAAUUAAGGGGAGGAGCUUCACUUAGUCAAGGCAUAGCCUUGUCUAUUGGGGUAAAAAAAAAAAAAGUGCCGCCACCUUGUGGCAGCGGUAGGCAAUUACAAGACAUUUUUGCGUGGGGCUGUCCGAUGGUGGGGGUUCACUAUGUUCCCGAAUGGAAACUUUCCAUGGGAAUUAAUGUUAAUUUGCGGGAAUUGAGUUCACUUUCAAGCAUUGGUGUUAACAUUUUUUUUUUUAAUUAUAUCCAUAUCAAAUAGCCGCUUCCUCAAAAUUUCCUCUUGCAACAGAAAUCGAGAAUAAAUCGAGCGAGCGAGAAGUAGUUACUGGAUAAACUGGUAACGUAACUGCACUUAAAUGUGUUUUAGGGAUGAUUACACAAUUUUUCCCGAACAAUAUUUAAUUUCCCUGUUCAGUGCCAGCCUCAGCACAACACAGGAGGCCGAUUAAAAGGGAAAUAAAUUAAUUGAAAAUUACAAACUUUAACCAUUUUUGCAUGGAAAGUUUCCAACUCGCAACCCCGCUGGCUAUAAUCCCAAAUUAAUUUUGUCUUUUUUACUUUGCUUUGCUCUUAUUCGCUAAUUCCGCGCUAACGGCGGCAUUCGGGAAUCUCGCCACGAGGAUUCUGGCUACAUAUCCAAAGGUUGGGAGAGUCUUUUGAGGACUGAACGUUUGCCUUUAUCAGCAACAUUUUUCGAAGAAUGUCUCACUUUUUCCCCUCUGUCCUUUUUUUUUUCCUGGACCUCAACAACAACAAGAAGUGAUUGUAAGAUGUUUUUUGGACUUUGGAUAUUCACACACUGUGAUAAUGAAUCUAUUUUUUUGCUCAUUGUCUCACACAGAUCUUCCAUGUUUGUAGUUUCAGCUGCCUUAACACACUUUUUUUUUUGUCAGGGGAGGCCUCUUCAUUGCUGCACUUGUUUAGUUUGACUGACCUUUGAACUCUGCAAUGUGUUUAACCAUCUCCAUUUUGGUGCUCAAAGGACACAUAUUCCUGUCCGCUGUCAUCACGCCGUUGUAUUUUAUGCUCUUUUUUUUUUUGCUACGCUGAUUUGAAGUAAUAAAAAAAAAAAAAAAAAAAUCAAAACACGAUUCUAUCCAGACCAGUGGUAAAGUGCCACCUU